GGCAUCAUUAAUUUUUUGCAGACCGCUUAGCACGCAGUUCGACGCAGCACUUCAGCAAUUUAUACAUAAUUAUUUGUUAAAUAAAGUAACUUACAACUUAACCAUGUUUGAGGCACGUCUCGGUCAAGCUACCAUACUGAAGAAGAUUUUGGAUGCCAUCAAGGAUCUGCUUAAUGAGGGCACCUUUGAUUGCAGCGAUUCGGGCAUACAGCUCCAGGCCAUGGAUAAUUCUCACGUGUCUUUGGUGUCAUUGACGCUGCGUUCCGAUGGCUUUGAUAAGUUCCGCUGCGAUCGUAAUCUAUCCAUGGGCAUGAAUCUAGGCAGCAUGGCAAAGAUAUUAAAGUGUGCUAACAAUGAGGAUAAUGUAACAAUGAAGGCGCAGGAUAAUGCCGAUACUGUUACCAUUAUGUUCGAGUCGGUUAACCAGGAAAAGGUAUCCGACUACGAAAUGAAGUUGAUGAACCUCGAUCAGGAGCACUUGGGCAUUCCAGAGACAGAAUACUCUUGCGUGGUUCGCAUGCCCGCCAUGGAGUUUGCACGCAUUUGUCGCGAUUUGGCACAGUUCAGUGAAUCAGUUGUUAUUUGCUGCACCAAAGAGGGUGUCAAGUUCUCAGCCAGCGGCGAUGUGGGCACAGCAAACAUCAAACUGGCCCAAACUGGCAACGUCGACAAGGAGGAAGAGGCUGUUAUCAUAGAUAUGCAAGAGCCAGUUACGCUCACAUUUGCCUGUCGAUACCUAAAUGCAUUUACAAAGGCCACGCCGCUGUCCACACAAGUGCAGCUAUCCAUGUGCGCCGAUGUGCCUUUGGUGGUGGAGUACGCUAUUAAGGAUCUGGGCCACAUACGCUACUACUUGGCGCCAAAGAUCGAAGAUAACGAAACAUAAACAGUUAACUAAAUUGUAUUCAUAUUUAUAUCGCUCACUAAACACUCUCAUAUACGACAUUCUAUUAAUUAAGAUACUGCUGCAUUACCUUGAACAAUAAAUUUAAAGCAAAAUAAUAA